UGUAUGCGCUCCGAGCCGUGCCUUCCCAUAAACCGACAGUCCGUUUGAUGUCCCGUUUCCUACAGCAAGCCUUAAUUAAAAACGUACAAUCGGAGUGCCGGGACUGGGGGCUGCGCUGCUCCAUUGCACUCUCUCUCUCUUUCUCUCUCCCUUUUUCUCUCUCCUAUCUCUCUCUCUCUCUCUCUCUCUCUCUCUCCUCUGGGUCUAAACGUGCAGCACAGGAACUGCAGCGGCAGAUAUGAACCUCUCACUUUCCCAGACUUCACAAGCAUGUAGUGUCAGUAUACCGUGCAACCCUAUUAUAGAGGGAGACCGACUCUGUCAACAAACUACUCAGAAGUCCUGAGAAAAGUUCCAGAAGAAAAGCAGAAACUAAAAGCACAGAUGGUGACAUUGAAUUGUGAUCACAAAAAUGACAUGAACAUCCCAUCAUCAGGGAAAUGAAGAAAUAAGAGAGAGGGAAUCCUGUACAUCAAGCUUCUGUUCCUGCAGGUCUGUUGAUUCUGACUGAAACACAAUGUGUCCAUGUCACAGCCUGUGCAGAUAAGGACCAGGGUGCUGAACUAGCCACAUUGGCAUCAUGACUGAAGAGACGAAACAGUCCUUGGCGGGCAAAGAGCUGGAUAAUGAGUCCAAAAAACAGGAUAAGAGGGCUGUGGAGCACAAAAGCUUAAUAGAGUCCCCUGAGCACUUUCAAAAUGGGAGUCUGGAGCCACAGGCUGUGAACAGUAUUGCUAAGUUUGCAGAAAAAGAGAGGGACAAUACGCAGCAACGCGAGGCUGUGAUUCGCCCACAGCAGGCUGGAAAGAUUGAUUUUAAGUCACUGCAGAAUCAUUCGUUCAAUAGCAACAGGACAUGGCCCAGCGGCAAGGACGGCCCUCAGUCGCCAAGUGGAAAGAGUCGCAACAGAGACAAGAGUAGAAAGCCAGGGAAAGAGCGUGGCAACCCACAGCAGUUGUACAGAUUGAGUAUUACUAAUCCACGCUCAAAUCCCACAAUUGGGAUAGCCUAUCCCCAGCAGAAAAUCUCACCUCCAAAGAAGCUCGAGUCCAACAGAGGUCCUGUCUCAGGCAGCUACCGCUUCCAUGUGCCAAGUAUUCCAGAGCGAGAGGCCGAACUGCAACAGGAAGAACUACAGUUCAGGUGCUUCCAUGAGGGCUCACCUAACCUUACUUCCCAAAGUUAUACCUCACAGGCUGUUGGUGCCACCUCUGUAGGACCUGCUCACCAGAAUCCACCAUCUACGCCGCAAAAGAAGCCAAGCCCAAUUGAGAGCAACAGUACACAACCUGCCAAUGAAACUUUAUUCCCUGACUUUCAGCUGAGUAAAACGGACGCGUGGCAGUCUCCAGAUAGGACUUUCAGAAGCACAAAUAAUUUUUCCCUUACUUCACAAAAGCCAAACAACCUUGUGGACUUGAACAAGACCAAUGGAAGUUUUAUGCCGAUGCCGUUUCAGUAUGGAUACCCAUUGUUAGAGGAGUCAUCCUCUGAUUCCUUUCCCAGUGAUCGGAAUACACAGCCUCAAGACUACAAUGAUAUUUCUCUUGCUUCUAACCAGGUUUCCCAUAAUUCGUUCUCCUAUCCAUCCUCUUCAGAGGGCCAUGAGGCCAUGCAAACUAGUGCCCAGUUUGGUAAUGACCAGGCAGAGGACAGGCAAUCAUACCAGUUACAUCAUAAACCACCCCAGUACAUGCAGACACCACAUGGUAUGUCAUCUUCCGUUCCCAGCAAUGACGAGAGCUCAGCAUCAAGUACUCGGCUAACAGAGAGUGUUUCAGAUAAAUCUGAGUCUUUUAGUCCAUUAGACAGCAGUGACACAGGUUUCGCAGUAGUGGGCAAGAGAGGCUGCCAUCUUAAAAAUGGCACUCCCAGCCAAAGAGUUCUUAUUCAAGGCAGUGUUCAUCAUAUAAGAAAUAUUGCACAAGGUUCAAGUUCACAAGUACAUGUAAUUAGCCCCCCACAUAAUGGUGUUCACAUCAGCCCAGGGCCUCUUGACAAAAGUGCCAGUAAACACCACGGCAAGGUAUCACACCCCUGGGAGGGCACAAACAAAACCUUUCCACCACCACUCAUAGACCAGACCUCCACGCCUUACCCCUUUCAGUACCAAUCUGCACCAGAACAAAGACAAAACACUGGCAUUAAUGGCCGAAUGCCUUGGCAGCAGAUACGCUUCACAACUGCAGUGCCAAACCAAAAUAGGAUUGAUCUCUCCAGGCAGUUGAGCAAUCAGCAGCUUACUUUUUUGAUAGGCCAAUCCGACUGGCACGAUGACAAUAAGCCACACAAAAACAUCAACCAUAAAGAUUCAAACAACUUUCUCAACAAAAAGAAAAACAAUGCGUUCUCAAACCAAAAGCAGGACAGCGUCAAGCAAGGCUGCAACACAAUUCCACCGAGUCAUUUUACAAAUAAGCUGGAUACAAAUCAAGGCCUGGUGGGUGAUGCCAAUAGUAAGUCAUUAUACUUUGGUAUUAACCACCCAGUGCCAGUGGCAUCAAGAAACUUUAGCUACCAUCCAUUACAUGUAGCAUCCUUAGGGAUGAAGAUGGUGUCACCAUAUGACUCUCCUUCACGUUCACCCACUCAAAAUCCAGCAUCCAGCAGUACGUGUUCAUCACUCUCUCCAGCCUCUACAAACUCUAUCAACAGUAACUCUGAUGACUGCCAAAUUUCAAAGGUUCUGUCCCCUCAGUUUUUUCAGCAGCAAGAGGAUAAAGUAUUGAUAUCAUCUAAUAACAUGAACAGUAACCAGCAUCUCUACCAUUCAGAAGCUUCCAGAGACUUGCACUAUAAACAAGAAAGAGCCAAAGAAAACACGGCAAGUUUCAUGGCACACAACAGGCAUUCAAAGUCCAACAUGGACAAUGGAAAAGGUUGUUUGGAGACCUACAGAACAGAAAACCACCCCCCACCUCCAUACUCUGCCCACCAACUCGCCACAUCAUUAGUCUCGGCAAACCUUGACCAACUGGAUGUGCUUCUGACAUGCAAGCAAUGUGAUCAGAAUUUUAAUAACCUUGUCUCUUUUCUUGACCAUAAGCAAUACUGUGGACAGCAUACAUUUGCACAAAAUGACUUAAAAGAUGUGCCAAAGGUGGAAGAAAUAAGGAAGUUUCAGGCGAACCACACAAAAGCCAUGUCGUCUGGAUCCAGUUAUGCAAUUUUGCGAAGUUCUUCAGAUUUGCAUCUGUCUCUGCUUGGACUGAACAAGAAUGGGGAAAUAGUGCCAGAUAAUGAAAAUAAAGGAGACAUAAAAGAUGAUUCAAUGAAACUGAUGCUACCAUCUGCACCCUUGCCAGAUUUAGAAAUGGAAGAUCCCAAAUUGGACAGCCUUAUCACAGAGGCUUUGAAUGGACUAGGCUAUCAGUCAGACAAUGCAGAGAUUGAUAGCAGCUUUAUUGAUGCAUUUGUUGAUGAUGACCUCACCACUACUAAAUGUACAUCAACCAGACAGGCUUUGACUACCAAAGACUCCACAAUAUUUGAAGGUAGAACUAACAAUGAAUCAACGUCUAGUGAGAGAUCUCAAGCUCAUUGCAAAUAUCCUUUUGACUCAGACGGCCUUAGUUUAGACAGCAAACACGCAGAUAUACCUUACAAAGAAAGCCAACACGAGUUGAUACAAAAGGAAGGCCUCAAAGCAGAAGUCUCUCCAACAGAGUCCCAGCCACAGGACUCAAAUUGCACACAAAUGGAGUGGGAAGCAAGAAAGUCAGAACAAACAGAACACAAAAAUGAUUACAGUUCUAAGUUUCUUUUAUCAAGCAAUUUUUCUGCAAGAUGUGGGCUUAAAAGCCUGCAAAGCAGCACAGCUUUAGUUAAAACAACAUGUCCCAGAUCCACCUGUGCCAACAAAAGUCCAAUGGCUCAGAAACCAAUUGCAACAGAAGGAAAAAGGAAAAGGACAGGUGGAAGCUGGAGUAAAGCGCUUAUUCACAAAAUUGUUCAACAAAAGAACAAGUUGCACAAACUCCAUGUAAAGGGCACUAAAAACAUGCAGUUUUCACUUGUGAUGGAGAGAGUGACUCCCGCAGUGCAGAACCCUACUUUCAGGGAAUAUGAUUACGUUUCUGACUCAGAUGACGACUGUGAGCCUGUAAAGAUAGCCAGUCAGGGACGUCUCAGCCAGAGCAUUCGCUGCAAGUACACGUACACUAAGGAGUGUAAGGAGAGGAUUUGUGCUGACAAGAGCCGGGAAAGUUCAUGGAAACAAAGCAAAAAUGAGUCCUUUGAUCCCAAGAAAGAUUUUGAUGUCUCUCCAUCCUUGGUGAAAGACAACCCUGGUCGCAAAAGGCUACGAAGACGGAGCAGUAGGUCUUCCACAAGCAGUGAACUCAGCACAUCAAUCAGUAUUUGUAGCGAUAGCAUUGGUAGCCCAAAAAGUAUUGAUCAUACAGAUUCAGACUCUGAGAAAAGAACAGAGGUACAGAGGAAAGAUCAAGACACGCUUGAGCAGAAUGUGUACAAGGAAUCCCCACCAAGGAUACGGAAAGAGUCUAGCACAUCACUUGCUUUGACCUUCACAAAAAACACAAAAAGGUACAGCACUGAUAAGAUACUACUCACUGAGCAAAAGGACCAAUUCACUACUUCAAAAUGUUCAAGCAUUAUCUGUAAGACUGAAGAGACUGCAUCUGAGCGUACAAUGACUAAAAGUACUGUCAGCCUCGCAAGAUUCAAAACCACCAGAGUGGAAAUAGAGGGAAAAGAGGACCACUAUGGUUUUGAGGCAGGAAUUCUUGCAACCACGGAAGAGCCAUUCAAAAAAGAUUACCCAAAAAAUGUCACAUCACCGAAAGGGUCAGGCAUGACACUGAGUCCAAUGGAAACGACAAACAGUAAAGAUUCUAGCCAUUUUUUUACGCUCACAAAAGAUGGAGUUGCAUCAAAGGGUAAAUCCCACAAGAGAACAAACAGUUCUGAAUUUUCAGUACCCAUUUUUGAGAAAGCCAUCAAUAACAACACACCAAGUGAAGAAGCCGACCAAAACUCAAAUUAUCUGUUCUCUGAACCCCCACCUUUUUGCACUUCACUUGUGGACAAAGAUUGCUUAUCGCCUUCAAAAGUCCAUGAUGCAGCUCAAAAGGAUGUGCAAUGUCUCAUUCCCUAUCCUUCGGAACAUGAUCAAAGUCUUAUAAAAUCACCUCUUUCUUUUGACACAACGUCAAUGUUUGGCGACCUUUCUGUGGGAGGUUUUGAGAACAAUCUUUAUCCAGAAAUUCAGCUUGUAAAAGAGAGCUUCAGUCCUCUGGAAACCACAACAGAUAAGAAGGAACUUUUCGAGUCGUCAUUCUCAGAACAGAGAGACUGGAAUCAGAUGGUUAAUGUUAGUCCUGUGCUACCUGAUGAGAUUUCUCAGUACAAAGAAUACUCGGACUCAAAUGAGAAUAAGACCAAUUUUAACUAUGUCCCAUUUCCUUUGUCAGAGAAAUUAACGGACUACGCUCCUAGUCUCAGCAACGUGUCUGUUGAUGAUCUGGAGAUAAAAAGAAUUGUUACAGAGCUUGAGAGUCAGCUGCAAACAGCCAAGCUCAGCAGCCCACCACCAUUAGACAGUGAGCUAACAAAACAGCUUACCAUGAGCAAAUUCUCUCCACUGAGACUUGACCCUGAAAGUGAAGAUGAGGGCAGUAGUUUGCAGAUAAACUGUUCCUCGGAGAACCUGGAUAUUGCCAGACCAGUAGACCCAAAUUCAGCACUGUUCUCAGAACCUGACUUACCAUGGUCUAGUCCACUCUCAUUUGGAUUGAUGUGUGGACAGCAAGGUCUUCAUACACCAACACAUUCAUCUACUAUUAACACGCCAACUGAUUCAGGACAUGAACAUUUGGAUAUAAAGGGCAGCAUGGUGCUCACUGAUUUGAACACAGAAAACAGUUCACCUCUGCACCAAGACGACAAAACAGAAAAUAAUGAGUGCUUGGACAAGUCAGAAGAGAUGCUUGAACAUGAAAUCUACACAGAAAAUCUGAUGAAGAGCCUGGAAGUAAUUUCAGAUUCUUUGUCUUCAGGUUUUACUUCACCCCAGUCAUCUCCUAAUCAAGAGUGUGUGGUUCCUGAGGAACAUGAAAAACAAGACAAUGAAUACGCAGAACACAUUGAGUCUGAAUAUGUAGAAUUUAGAAACACAGAAGCAGAGCUCACAAAGUUCUCAGUGGAGACAAAUGCCUUUUCAGAUAAACUAGAAGAGAAAACCAGUGGCAUUUCAGAGUCAGAAAAUGAAACCAAAGCCUGUCUAAAUGAGACUAGUAAUGACACACUUCAUAAUGAAGAUUUAAUAGCUAGUGAACAACAGCUUGCUGAGAGUCCACAAACUGGAUGCUGUGUGAACUCAAAUGCAAUUGACUCAGUUGAGUCUUCACUCUCCAGAUGUGAACACAACCAUGAGUCAUCUGUCAGCCAAACCGAGAAUGCUGAGUGUGAUACACAGUUUGACUUAAAAGACUCAUUGUAUAUCACCAAUAGUCCCGACUUCUCCAAAAUUUCACACUUUUCAACAUACCCAGCCAUUCCAAAAGACAAAAACAUGCUGUGUGUUGAUGAUGAUUCAGCUGUAAUUGCACAGCCAGAACUAAUUUCUAAAGGCAACAGGCAGGCAUCUGACAAAACAGGUGGAACAACAGACUGUCCUUCUGACACAAACAUCCAACCACCCCUUUCAAACAUCAAGUCUCCUCUUGGUCAAGCCAAUUUGUCAACCCACUCACAAUUAAAUAAUACAGAAAGGGUGGCUUCUUCUAAACAUCUUCCUGUAGUUCAAGAUGAACAAGACUGUACAGAGAGUGUAGAGAGAGCCAUGCCUGAUACGACAUUUCCCGUGCAAUCAGAAUGUGAAGAGAAUCAACAGAAGAACAUCGAGCAAUGUACUCAACUUUAUACUGUGACUCAAGCACCACAGUUUUCUCACAACUCUAUUCAAAGUUCACUACCAGGCACAGUUACCCCUGCACUGAGCGAAAACAGACAAGACCUGGAAGACGACAACUUGGAUCAAAAAAAUAUUGGCGGGUCAGUCGAUACUUCAGCAACACCAGAACUAGAUACUUCAUUUGUUCCCCAUCAGGAUUUAGUAAAAUUCACAGAGAGUAAAAUUUCUAGCUCUGGAACACUGUUGGCUGUUGAUGACAUCAUCUCAAAACAAAUUUUUGAUGAGACUUCUCUGCAUUCUAGGCCAUUGGAUGGCUCUCAUGAUACAGGUGCACUGUAUGAUUUGAAACUCAGCCCCCUGAAUUACAGUGAAACAUGCUUCAAUGACUACAACUUCACCGCUAAAUGUUUAAGCAAAGGAAAUGACCAGUCUGAUGUAAAAUCAAACUCCACAGACAAUUACAUUCUCAAUGCCUGUGCUUUCGCUCUUGAUAAACCUUUGUCAUCCAGCCUACCGUAUAAUGCAAAUGAACCAGAGCCAAAUAUCCAGGGCCACCUGAUUGGACUUGAUAUAGUCGAAAACUCAAUAAACGAAAACAUCCAAAAUGAUAUUAAAUAUUCAAACGUAUCAGCUUCCUCCAGUAAUUAUCUUGAGGAUGUCACUACAAUUGACUCUGAGCAAGUCUCAAACCUUAACCAGAGUUACAUGAAUGGUACUCAUGAAACUGCUGAUUACAUGGAUCUGCAACUCACACUUCUCAAGAAAGUCGAUUCUGAGAAGAUAGACAAUCAGAUGAUCACCAAUGAGCAUGAUCCAAUGCAGAGGUCCACCAUGUUAGAUGUUAAGGAGACAUCGAAACCUCUGAUAACUUGUAAAAAAGCAGUAUCUGUGGGCCUUGCAUGCACAUCUGUCCAAAAUGAAGGACAGAGUCUAAGGUCAAGUGAGACAAAAUCCUCACCUAAAAAGAGUGGUACACAGAAUGCAAUUCAUGGAAAAAUUCAGUGUGAAAUAUGUGCAAUGUUCUUUCGUACACAUCCUGGACUUAAAAGACACAAAGCCAUGAAGCAUGUCGUAAAGACUGAAGGGAUUUCGCCCAUUGAACAUGUAAAUAUGAGUAGUCAAGUGUCUAAGACCAUUUAUAAUGCGUCACACCCAACAGAAAAAGCACUGAAAGAUAGCAUGGAUGUUAUGGGUUCACAUUUAAACAGAAAUGAAAUCUCAGAUGGACAAGGACAGAAAACAGAUGCACAUAUGAUCUUCGAAGUGAUUCCAAGUGAUUCUGAUAUGCCAAAGAUACCAGGAAGUGGUGACACUGAUCAGACAACUCUUGUUAAUGAAAGUACAAACAACGGUCUCAAUACCAUGGACACACGCAGUGAAAUGUUUUCCCCAAAAUUGGUAAAGCAAGACACUUUUUCAGAUGAAAUACUCAGUACUCUUAAAACAGAUAUUUUGCAGGCUAUAUCUCUAGAUUCCCCCUCAAUGGUGCAACAAAACUCUCCUAAGUCACCCGAAAAACAGAUUCCCAGUAGCAGUCACAGCUAUCAUGAAGUCAAUGUGAGAGAGGAAAUGAAGAGCAUGGUAACUAUCAGCACUGAGGAGCAAAAGGAAGAAACGAUUUCUACCACAGAGACUUCUAAUUUGCAUAAGAAAGGUGACACAUAUGACAUUGACGAUGACGUGAAGUAUUGUGAAAACCCCAAAUAUGUUCAGAAAGAAGAUAUCCACUUUCCACUUGGGGAUUCUUCUGUGGAUAUUAAGCGUGAGAAGACCUCUUCUCCAACAGAAGACAGUCACAUGCUUACUGGUACUUUAGGAAUGGGACCUGAUCUUAAGGCUUUGUUUGAUGAUGAAAAUACUUUUUCUCAAUUAUUCCCAAGAAAUGAUGACAGGAAAAGAAAAAAAUGUGCAAGGGUCUAUGGUAAAAGCAACAAAAAGCAAAAACAACUGUCCUGUUUAGUUUUAGACUGUCCUCCCACAGGUGCCUUUAUUGACAAGUAUGCAGAGCCUAAAGAAAACAAGUUGGGACACACGUUCACCAACGGCACAAAUGACCCUUGUGAAUAUGAAACCAUAUCAGUCGACAAUGAUGACACGCAUGUGACGACUCCCAAAAGCUUAGUCAACGGCUCUAUAGAGAGCGCUUGUCAUUCGAAAGAUGCCCUAAUGGAUCACCAGGCUGGUAACGAGAAAAAUGCAGAAACUGGCAUUACAGAUUUCUUAUGUGAGAAUGAGGGCACAGUUAGACAAUCCUUAGAGCACCAGGAUGAUUCACAUGAUCUCACUGUGCCAGAAAAUACAGUGUCAUCAGUUCCUCAGGAAGAUUGUAAACCAGAGGCUCCUGAUACAGCUUGCCCUCUCCAACUAGUCUGUGUUCAAGACAAUGCCUCUUGUUCUCCAAGCAUUGAGAUACCAAACCAUGACUCUACAAUUCAGAUUCCUGUACCCUUUUUUGAGCCUGAGAAAGAUAUUCCUUUGGUUGCGACAAUUGCGAGCACAGAACUGAAAGACCCUGUAAGACCUUGCAAAAAGCCUAUGGAGCGGAAAUGUAGGAAACGCGUAGAACCGGGACUCAAACCAAAGGAUAAGCAGUACAAAUGCAAGGUGUGUUUCACAUGGUUUCUCACCUUAGGUGAGCUCGACUUUCACAAGCUCUCACACAAUCCAUCACCUCCCCCAACUUGCUAUAUGUGUGUCCAGCGCAAGUUUACCUCCCGGGAACAGCUUAGGGACCAUCUCAGGGAGAAACACGCCAAGAACAAAGCAGGUGUUUGGACUUGUGGGAUGUGUUUGAAAGAAAUUUCAGAUGUGUGGAUGUACAAUGAACACUUGCGUGAGCAUGCCACACAGUUUGCACGAAGAGGGCAGUCUCAGAGUUCCCUCUUGGACAUGCCUGGGUGUUUCAUGCAAGAAAAUGCUGUGAAGAACUUCAUAUCUUCAAUAAUGCAGCAUCGGCACAGCAAACCUGCAAGAGACAAUGUUAAACCAUCAUCUAAGGAAGAGAGAAGAACAUCAUCUUUUGAUGUUAAUGGACAAGACCCAAAGGUUCCAGAGGAGUCCUCCACAAUUCUGAAGACUAAAACAAGUAUUGGGGGAGGAAAUAAGCACUGCGCACUGACAACGCUUGAGGUUCUACCUAAAGCAGAGACUUCUAAAAAUGCUGAGAUGCACCCUAACUGCAAGGACCCUUCAAGGGACUGUCACCACUGUGGCAAGCAGUUUCCAAAGCCUUUCAAGCUCCAGCGCCAUUUAGUGGUCCACAGCUUGCAAAAGAUUUAUCUUUGCCACAAAUGCCCAGUAUCCUACCAAGAGGCAAAAGAGCUUAAAGACCACCUUAAAAAUGAACAUGACGAGACGGAUGAGCCAGACUCAAAGCACACCACACUAUACACUUGUGAACUCUGUGCUGAUGUCAUGCACGUAAUCAAGAAGUCGUUCAUCUGCAGUACCUGCAACUACACUUUUUCAAAAAAGGAACAGUUUGAUCGUCACAUGGAGAAACACCUAACUGGAGGGAACAAGAUCUUCAAGUUCAGAGGAGUUGUGAGACCUUGCAAGCCUUUUAAUUCAAAAGAUGAUAAAUCUGACACACCACCAAGCAAAAAAAGGAAAGUAACAGAGAGCAGCUUAGACGUCACAGUUUCACAUAUGCAAGGCAUCAAAUCACUGUUGCCCAUCAUAGAUGACACUGUAAAGAACAGUACUGAGGAACAUUCAACGCAAACAAACAAUACCAGUGUGAAAAUUGAAGAUGAGGCUGAGGACUUCCCUGCCAGGGAUAUUAUUGAGUGUAUAGUGCAAACAGACUCUCCGGAACAGAGUCCUCCAUCAACGGAGCCGAAGGAAGAAACUGAAAGCUCUUCUCCAUCUUACGAAAUGCAAGCAGAUGAGUCCGGGGACGUCAUUGCAACAGACAAAGGAGCUCUGGCAGAGAUUUGUGAUGUUAAAAUAGAAGAUGACUGUUGCACCAUUCCAACAAUCAUAGUUUCCGAGAUUACCAAACUUAACGAAGACUCGGUAGAGACAAACCCUUCAUCGUGUCUUGAAAAUGCAAGUGAACAAGGGGAAAUAAGGCACUCAAGUCAAUGCACCUUUCAAGUGUGUGGUCAAACGGACAUAAAUAUACCAAAACAAGGCAUGCAAGGGUCGUGUAAUGACUUUGAACUCUCAUCUGCGACGCAGGAGCAAAAUAAACAAGAUUUCCUGACUCAUCACAGUGAACAGCUGACUACUUCUCUGACUAAGCACAUAACUGUGGUCAAAUCUGAGGAAACUAUGAAACAAAGUCUUGAAAAUAACCUUAGUACCACUGAUUCUGCACAUCACACCAACAGCUCCAAUACAUGUGAAGACAAGGAUUCAAGCAAGCAACAGAAGAAGAGGAAAGAUCUUAAGACCCCUCACAGCUCUCAGAGAGGGCAGUCUCCAACUGCAAGGGAAAAUUUGGGGAUUGACCCAAGGGCCAAAAAGAAGUUCAGACCCAGCAGGUUUGAAAAUAUUGAUGGACAAAGGAAAAAUGAGCUUCCCAAUGACUAUCCAGUGCUUACAUCAGUCAAGGAUGACACAGUCAGUAACAAAAUUAUCCCCAAGCAUAAAGUAGGGUCAUCUAAUCUGGGCCUUCACCUGAAGAAAGGUUCUGUUGAUAGUUUCUCGCCAAAGAAGGUUGAGACUGUACGUCACUUCACCGGAGAUUGCAAAGGGAAAAAGAACAUUCCUAGGAGACCCAUCCAUUCCCCGUCUUCCAGGAUCUCCACCAUGAACAAUUCAUUUAACAAAUCACGGUCCAAGCCAGGGGUCAGAUCCAUAGAAACUCACUCAUACCGUACUGCAGAGUCACAGAACAACCUCCUCAGCCAGCUGUUUGGCCAAAGACUAACUAGCUUUAAAAUUCCUUUAAGGAAGGACACUUCUGAAUCAAUUAAGGAUUAAAUGAAUGCUAUUAACGAGGAAGUAAUCAAGUGAUCCACUAGGCAGUGUAUUCAUGAGACUUGGAUUGUACGGCCCUCCUCUGUGAAAUAAUUUAACUCCUCGUUUAGUCACUUUAUUGUAUUCCUCUUGUAAAUGUGUAUUUACGUAUAUGUGAAGACCAACAACAAAAUGUAUGAAUAUAGGAUGAAUAUGUUGGUUACAAAUUUAUUUUCUCUAUUUUAUAGUGAAGCAUUAUCUCUAAGAGACUUUAUUUCAGCAACAACAAAGAAAGGUUUUUGGGAAAGAAUUUACUUGAAAAUGAACUGAGAAUAUUUGUUUUCCAAAUAAUGCAUGACACUUUAACAUUACAUGUUCUUAGAUGUUUUCCUAGCAACAGGACCAAAAUACAGUCUAAGUCUGAAUCAUGUCAAUGUGCUUUAUUUUAUUUUAUUUUAUAUGCUUCCGAGAAUUACUCCUUCAUACUCUUUUACUUUACUGUAUUGCGGAGACACUCAUUAGUAUUAGCUUUUGUAUCAUCACUAAUUGGUGCUAUGUUAUUUUAUAAUAAUUAUUUCUUGUGUAAUGUGAACACAAUGUCUAAUAACUGAAGGGAACAUGUAGCAAUUACACUCAAUCAAUCAUUGCUGGUACUCAGUUUUAGAGGAAAAUACACAAACACACUGUGUUAAGAUGAAUUAAAAAGAGAAAGGGUUUAUGCGUGUCCUAAUUUGAUCGGUUCAGAGGAGGGCAAGGGAAAAGCCUUUUCCAAAACUGUAUUUAGUUUGAUUUCAUCUAUAAUAUGAUAUGAACUCAGGUGCUAUUAUUGCGCAUGAAACCCUUACGAAUUCUUCCCAUGCACUGAUGUUACCAUACACAAACCCCACACAUGAUCAUCUAUAUGUCCCCCCAGUUCUUUAAUAAUGACUAUUUACAAGAACAAAAGGUGCUUUUUCAUGUUUAUAUGUAUCUUAUAUUGUAUGAUAUUGUAGGUUGAUUAUUUCCAGUGCAAUGCAUAAAUGUCAAAGUUCUAUUUUAAUAAUGUGCAAAAGAUGAAGAGCAAAAUACAAAGCCUACUAAAGGCUUAUGAGUGGAUCACAAAGUGCAUCGUAUAAACUUGGUUAUUAAAUUUUUUUUGCAUCAAGUCUUUGA